AUGGCUGGCGCGCGGGGCGCGGGGCGCGCGGUGGCGGCGGCGACAGUGACGCGGUCCGGAAAGCGGCCGCCGGAGCCGGAGCCGGAGCUGGAGCUGGAGGAGCCCUCUCUCCUCAGCGCGCCGGCCCCCACCCGCAUGCUUGGCAGUGAUCCUGGCCUCACCGACAGCGACAGCGAGGAGAGUGUGUUCUCAGGCCUGGAAGAGUCCGGCAGCGACAGCACUGAGGACGACGCUGCCUUGGAGGAGGAGGGGGCGGGCACCAGCAAGCAGCGCGGCAGGAUGGACAGGAGCCCUGGGCAGCAGGCCAGGACCCCCUGCCUGCGGACGGAGGUGGCAAGUGUGCCGGGUGAAGACGAGUAUGCGGAGGACAGCUCCGACGAGGAGCUCGGCCUCGACGGUGCCAUCCUCCCAGUUCUCACCCUGGGCAGCGCCUGGCUGAACCGCCAGCCUGGCGGGGGUCCCUGCGGCCGUGAGUGGGAGAGCCCCGCCCCCACCCGCCCGCGCCCCUCCCCCACAGACGUGAUCUCAUCCUGCCGCCCGGGGCCGGUGCGGCGGCCCUCGCAGGCGGUCCCGGCUCCAGCCUGGGAGAAACUGAGGCCGGGGGGCGGCGGGCUGAGAUCGCUGGCGGCGGGCGGCCCCCUCCGCUCUCCCGCAGGCGCCGCUGACGGCUUCCCGCUACCGAGCGGCAGCAGCCUCGCUGGGCCCGCCCCGGCGCGGUGCUCGGUGCACUCGCUGCUGGCGGCGCGGCGGCGGCUCGGAUUUCGAGCUGUUGUGCAGAGCGUGCCUCUCGGCUCGGCUGGGCCUCGUGGGCUGCCGGCCUCCCUGGCCACCCCUACCCCCGCGACUGGGCUCCGGCUGCCCCUGCGGUCUCCCCCGCGGUCUCCCCGCCUCCUCGCUUGA